AACUUUAGGUUGCUCGAGGAACUUGAACGUGGGGAAAAAGGUAUUGGAGAUGGUUCUGUUAGCUACGGGAUGGAUGAUGCAGAUGAUGUUUUUAUGCGUUCUUGGACUGGAACAAUAAUUGGUCCUCACAAUGACAUACAUCAGGGACGUAUUUAUCAGUUGAAGUUAUUCUGUGACAAAGACUAUCCAGACAAACCUCCAAGUGUUCGUUUCCAUUCACGCAUCAACAUGACUUGUGUGAACCCCGAGAGCGGAGUGGUUGAAGCAAAGAAGUUCCGUAUGCUGGAAAAUUGCCAGAGAGAAUACACCAUGGAAGAUAUACUGACCAAGUUGAGAAAAGAAAUGGUUGCACCUCACAACCGAAAGCUUGUUCAACCCCGAGAAGGUACCUUUUUCUGAAUGGAGUAGCCACAAGAAGUGUAUGUAAGAUGGAAAUUUAUAGACUCAAUACCUUGCAAUUAUGUGUCCAAGUGCAAAAUGUCAAGGAAUUAAUUUAUUGGAUCAUGCAACUGCUUUGACAACUUUCUUGUUUGACAUUCCUUGCCUACGUUCUAUGGAUUAAUGUCCAAGAACUGAUUAGCACCUGUUUUGUUCGUUAACUGUAUCGAAAUUUGAAGCUCCUAGUCUAAUUAAUAACUCAAUUACAUA